CUUUGCUAGUUACGAUGUUGAGACAUCUCAUGAGCUCAAAAUGAGAUAGUUCAUGAGUCGAACUCAACAAGCCACCUAAUCGAGCUAGUUCACGAGCCUCUCAAGCUCAUUAAUAGACCUAGUGGUAAGCAAUGAUGAAUGUGGUAAAAUGACAGUUCAUAUACUUCUACUAUCAUAUAUUUAACCAUUAUACACUCUGGUAUGUUCAUUCCACCAUGGUACAAUUUCAUAUAACGUGGUAUGAUCAUAUGCAAUACCAAACAUUACCACCAUGAUAUAGACUGGUACUAAAUGUCUCAAUUUUGUUUGUCUAAAAAUAUAUCAAAGUGAAUAUCAUUUUGAAGUGCACAAUUAAUUUGAUAUAUUUGUGUAAAAAAAAUUACGACUUAAAAUAAAAAAGAUAUAACCCAUCAAAAUUUAUAGGAAAAAAUGUCACACUUUUCACAAAUGAUUUUUUUUUAUUACUCAGGAAUCUCAGCCGCACGUGUCAUUUGUGACAACGGGGUCUACUAAAUCUAUGGGCCACCUGCAAUCAAUUCGACGCCAACGGAGUUUCGCCCUGAGUAGCUUUGUACCUCCGGUAACACCUACGAACCUCGCUUGGAUUCGAACCUGGAAUCCACAACUCCCAAAUCUUCACUAUCGCGGCAGUUUUACCGUUGGACUAUCUUACCUUUGGUACACUUCCCAUAAAUGAUAAUGUGACACUGUGACAGUGAUAUAACAAAUAUGUAUUCUUAUGUAAUUGUUCCACUCCUCCUAGUUACUCUAACACAAGCAAAAAUAUAAACGGUAUACCAGAUUAGAAAAUUAAUUGGUUAAUUGAAUCUAGAUGGCUGCUUCAAACAAUUGAAUCGAAAUCCACAACGUUUUUGAAAGGGCCCCUGAAUUGCUAGUGCCAGAGUUGUUAAUAUCAAAAUAAUUUUUUUUUUCUUUGAAGUAUAGUUGUUAACAUCAAUUUGAUUUUGAAGUCGAAAUUCUGUAAUAAAUGUCAUUGUUGGUGGUGGUCAAGCUUCCAGAAUAUAAUUUCAACGCCUAGUGGGGCAUCAUGGCAUUAUUUAUCAUUAUAAAAAUCCAGCAGCCUGACGAAAAAGAGGCGACUCGGUUUUCUGGUCAAGCCACCGCGGCCCAAACCAUCUCCCCUGUCUGCCACCUUUCGCCCUUUUCCUUCCUCCUCCCCAGAACAAAGAUUAGACCUUUCCUUUCCAAUUUUCUCUGUUGGAGAGAGAGAGAGAGAGAGAGACGCCAAAAAAGGAGUACAAUAGGCAGAUUCCCCAUCCAAAGGGCAGCCAAAACAGAAACCAGAACGAAUAAGCAGAAAAAAACCAGAGGGAGAGUGGAGAUGGUAAAUCAAUAAUUCCGCCCGCCGCUUCGUUAACCUUGUUCGCCCGCACAACUCAUCGCUCUCUGUUUUCUUGCUUCCUUCCUUUCUACUGACCCACAAACCCGAAGUUUCCACUUUGGAAUUUCCUCCUCUCGCUCCUUCCUUUCCUUUCCUUUCCUUCCUUCUUGCGUAAUCAAUUAUUAAACGAGAGUAAUUUAAUAUAAAGGAGGGGGAUAAGGGCGAGGUUAAGGCAUCGCCCAACAAAAAAAAAAUCGCCUUUUCCUCAAUUGUAUGAAAAUGUCGCCUGUGCCGCUCCUCUUGUUUUUCUCGGCGUUCACGAGGAGUGUGUCUAUCUGACCCAGACGACUUUUCCCCCCAAAUUUUCUGGCUCUUCAGCUCACCUGCUCUUCUUGUUUUCCCCUGAUCAAGGUUUUAUUAUGGGUGUCGUUGUCGUUUCCGGCGGGUCUACUGGCGGGCCUGCUGCCGCCGCCGGCGGCGGCGGUGGAGGGAAUGGUGGGUCGGCGGCAGGGAGCUGUUGUGAUGUGAGUUUGAAGUGUUGGUGUAAAUGGAGGUGGGGGGACCACCAGCAGCACCUGUUGCCUCACAGGGUUUUUUCAGUUUUCUCUUCUGGGUUCCUCUUCUUGCUCGGCUGCUUGAUCGUCUACGGCUUGAUUGGGGUAAUCUAUGGCUGGCUCCUCUUCAAUAAGCCUUACGUCCCUAAUGGUGUGGUGGGUUUGAACUCUUUUGGUUGCCUGGAAGAUGGUGAAGGUUCUUGGUCAGUUGGAGUUUUCUAUGGCGACUCCCCUUUCUCCCUCAAGCCAAUUGAAGCUGCCAACUUGUGGAAAAAUGAGAGCAAGGCAUGGCCAGUAGCUAACCCAGUUGUCACCUGUGCCUCAGUCUCAGAUGCUGGCUUCCCCAGUAACUUUGUUGCUGAUCCAUUUCUCUAUGUGCAGGGUGACACACUCUUUCUUUUCUAUGAAACAAAGAACCCACUUACCAUGCAAGGAGAUAUUGGUGUUGCAAAGAGUACAGAUAAGGGGGCGACAUGGCAACAGUUGGGAAUUGCUUUGGACGAGGAUUGGCACCUCUCAUUUCCUUAUGUGUUUGAUUAUCACGGGCAAGUAUAUAUGAUACCAGAGAGCAGCAUGAAGGGAGAACUUCGUCUCUAUCGAGCACUUGAAUUUCCACUGCAGUGGACAUUGGAGAAGAUCCUCAUAAAAAAGCCUUUAGUCGAUUCUACCAUCAUUAAUUAUGAAGGACGCUAUUGGCUUUUUGGUUCUGAUCACAGUGGUUUUGGGACAAAGAAGAAUGGACAACUGGAAAUCUGGCACAGUAGCUCGCCUCUUGGUCCUUGGAAACCACACAAGAAGAAUCCCAUCUAUAACAUUGACAAGAGUAUGGGGGCAAGAAAUGGUGGCAGACCAUUUGUGUACAAUGGAAACCUCUAUCGCUUUGGUCAAGACUGUGGUGAAACCUAUGGGCGACGAGUACGGGCCUUCAAGGUGGAAAUUCUUAGCAAAGAUGCUUAUAAAGAAGUUGAGGUGCCCUUGGGCUUUGAGGAGCCCACAAAGGGGCGAAAUGCUUGGAAUGGUGCUCGACACCAUCACCUUGAUGUUCAGCAGCUCAGUUCUGGGGAAUGGAUUGGGGUAAUGGAUGGAGAUAGGGUACCAUCUGGAGACCCAAGUCAUCGUUUUAUGGUUGGCUGUGCAUCCCUUGGAGCUGCUGCUGCAGUGAUCAUUGUGUUAGGCUUGCUACUUGGAGCAGUUAAAUGUCUCAUUCCACUUAACUGGUGUGCUCACUAUUCAGGGAAGAGAAGCGAUGCACUUUUGGUCUGGGAAAGGUCGAAUUUGUUCUCCUCAAGGGUGAGGCGGUUUUGCAGUCGUGUCAACAGAGUACCUUUCUCUAUUCGAGGUAAGGUAAAGUACAACACUUGGGCUGGAAGAUUGGUUCUGGCUGUGUUAUUUCUAGUUGGUGCUGCAUUAAUGUGCACAGGUGUUAAGAAUGUCUAUGGUGGCAAUGGAGCUGAAGAAGCUUACCCGUUAAAUGGUUACUAUUCUCAGUUCACUUUAUUAACCAUGACAUAUGAUGCUCGGUUAUGGAACUUGAAGAUGUACGUGAAGCAUUACUCGAGGUGUUCUUCUGUGAAAGAGAUUGUUGUGGUUUGGAACAAAGGGAUCCCUCCAAAGGCAAGUGACCUGGACUCCGCAGUGCCCGUUAGGAUCAGGGUAGAGAAGGAGAACUCUCUAAAUAACCGUUUCAAGAAGGAUGAAAUGAUAAAAACACGAGGUGUGCUUGAGCUUGAUGACGAUAUUAUGAUGACAUGUGAUGAUGUUGAACGUGGGUUCAAUGUCUGGCGCCAACAUCCAGAUCGGAUUGUCGGUUUCUAUCCUCGUCUCAUCAGUGGGAAUCCUCUGAAGUACAGGGCUGAAAAAUAUGCUAGGAGUCGCAAAGGUUACAACAUGAUACUUACUGGGGCAGCCUUCGUAGAUGGCACGAUAGCUUUCGGAAGGUACUGGGGUGAGCAGGCCAAGGCAGGGAGGGAGCUGGUGGACAGGUACUUCAACUGUGAGGAUGUGUUGUUGAAUUACCUGUAUGCCAAUGCUAGCUCAACAAAGACUGUGGAAUACGUGAGACCGGCAUGGGCGAUAGAUACAUCCAAGUUCUCUGGUGCUGCUAUCAGCAAGAACACACAAGUUCACUAUGGGAUUAGGAGUAGAUGCCUCAUGAGGUUUACCCAGAUGUAUGGGAGUUUAUCAGAUCGCAAGUGGGAAUUCGAUGGGAGGAAAGACGGUUGGGAUUUAUAGCAAGCCUUCGGUAAAUUCUUGGUAAUUACAGUUUCUGCAGCUGUUCAGCCCUGCCUGGUGAAGAUUUCUCGUCUGGGCGGGGGUGGAUGUUAGCGUCGACAUACAUGGGUAGGUUUCGCAACAUGUAUAUUGGCUUUUUCACCAUAGUUUUCUUGAGAGUUGAUGUAGUAUAGCGUCUUCUUCUUGGUUUUGACCCUUUUUCAGAAAGCUGAUUGUGUACAAUAGAGAUAAAGAGUGAAUUUGUUGUUUGCAGUCAUUGUUUCAGAAAGUUGUAUGGUUGGUUGUUGUUGGAAGGAUUCUCCCUCUCCAAGCUUCAUGUACAUUUGCUCUUCCAGGAUAGUGUAGGUAGGAAAUGUGGUUCCCUGAUGCUCUAUUUCCUCUUUAUUUUUGGACAAUGACCAAACUUCCACAUCUAGUAGUUUCAUGAAAUUCCAAAAUUUACAACUGAAAAAUGAAUCCUUUUUGCAUUCUGUACACACCUAUUUUUUCAUCUUCAAGUUAAUUGCUAAUAAACUUAUGAUUUCUUU